AAAAUAAGAAAAUUUACUGUCGCGCUACUACAGAUAGCCAUUCAAAGGGGGAGAAGAGAAUGCAGUAGACUAUGACUACCUUAUUAUAGCCGUGGGAGCUCAGGUUAACACCUUUAAUACUCCUGGUGUCAUGGAAAAUUGCCAUUUCUUAAAGGAAAUUGAAGAUGCUCAGAAGAUUCGUAAGAAUGUUAUUGAGUCCUUUGAGAAGGCAAGCUUACCAAGUUUAAGUGAAAAGGAAAGGAAGAAAAUCCUUCACUUUGUGAUUGUUGGUGGUGGCCCUACAGGUGUAGAAUUUGCUGCAGAACUUCAUGACUUUGUCAACGAGGAUGUUGUCAAACUAUAUCCAAAGGUCAAAGACUUGGUGAAAAUAACACUUCUUGAGGCUACAGAUCAUAUUUUGAACAUGUUUGACAAAAGAAUCACAAAUUUUGCAGAAAAUAAAUUUGGAAGAGAUGGCAUUGAUGUGAAAUUGGGGUCAAUGGUCACAGGAAUAAAUGAAAAUGAAAUUUCUACAAAAGCCAGAGGUAAUGGCAAAACAACUUCUACUCCAUACGGUAUGGUUCUCUGGUCAACUGGCAUUGGGCCUCGCCCUCUCAUAAAGGAGUUUAUGAAGCAAAUUGGUCAGGGUAAUAGGCGUGCUCUAGCGACUGAUGAAUGGCUGCGAGUUGAGGGAUUUGAUAACAUAUAUGCACUCGGUGACUGUGCAACUAUUAAUCAGCGGAAAGUCAUGGAAGAUAUAGUAGAAAUAUUUAAAAAAGCAGACAAGGACAACUCAGGAACACUUACAGUCAAGGAAUUUCAAGAAACCCUUACUGAUAUUUGUGAAAGAUACCCCCAAGUGGAGCUUUAUCUCAAGAACAAGCAGAAGCGCAACAUUGUUGAUCUUGUGUAAGA